AUGGCAGCUGCUAGUAUUGCAUCAACAGGUAUCGUUCUUGAAGCACUAAGAAAAGACAAUUACGAGAACUGGAGCACUCUGGUAAAAAACUAUCUGGUGGGUGAAGGUCUCUGGCACGGCAUCGUGGAGUCAGAUCCUAAUAAACCUGAUUAUGGCGAAAAAGACAACGAUAGCAAGAAUGAAUGGAGAUCGAAGAAUGCAAAGGCUCUACACGCAAUUCAACUGGCGUGUGGAUCAGAGAACCUCUCCAACAUAAGAAAAUUCGAGAAGGCCAGAGAGGCAUGGAACCACCUGAAGAUCUCAUUCAGCGAAGACGUGAGGGCGUUUCCAGAUAUCGAGCAAGGAAGCGAGGAUGAUCGAUACAUUUACAAACUCCACAGUGACGUCAAGAGAGGGAACUGGGAUGACGCAAAAUCGCGCCUUAGCAGCUACCCCGAUUCGAUCUUCUCCACCACACCAUCUGCGGGAAGGACUGUUCUUCACGUUGCAGUGGCUUCCGGACAAGCGAGGAUAGUGAAGGAGUUGGUUAAAAUGGGGAACAGACGGUUGCUGAGGAUGCAGGACAAACAAGGCUACACGGCUCUUGCUCUUGCUGCUAAGUUAACGGACAACAUAAACAUGGCGGAGAGGAUUAUUAAGAAAGAAUGA